GUGUCACGGCGUGGGUUGGCGUGAGGGGAGAAGCGUGAGCGAGCGCGUUGUCCGGAGUGCACCUGCUAGCUGUCCUGCCCAGCCUGGGAGUCCCCGCCGCCCUCGCCCCCGCCGUCGAGCCGCCAUGGAAGUGCAAAAGGAGGCGCAGCGCAUCAUGACUCUGUCCGUGUGGAAGAUGUACCAUUCGCGCAUGCAGCGCGGUGGCCUGCGGCUGCACCGGAGUCUGCAGCUAUCGCUGGUCAUGCGCAGCGCCCGAGAGCUCUACCUCUCAGCCAAGGUGGAAGCCCACGAGCCCGAGGUGCCCUUGCCCCCCGUCCGCUCCCCUGAUCCUCGCCUGCACCAGUCGCGGGAGGCGGAAGCUGUAGCCGAGGCAGCGCCCCCCGACGGUGAGCAGCCCUCCCCGGAGCCCAUGGACACGCGGGAGGCGCCGCGAGCCGAGGAGACCCCAGCCCGCUGUGCCCCGCGCCCCACAACAAAAGUCAGCCGAAAGCGGCGGAACAGCAGCCUGAGUGACGGCGGGGACGUCGGACUGGUCCCAAGCAAGAAAGCCCGUCUUGAAGAAGAGCAGGAGGAAGGAGCCUCGUCGGAGGUCCCUGAUCGCCUGCAGCCACCUCCCGCGCAAGCCGAGGGCGCCUUCCCCAACCUGGCGCGCGUCCUCCAGAGGCGCUUCUCGGGCCUCCUGAACUGCAGCCCCGCCGCCCCCCCGACGGCGCCGCCGGCGUGCGAGGCGAAGCCGGCCUGCCGCCCGGCGGACAGCAUGCUGAACGUGCUCGUGCGGGCCGUGGUGGCCUUCUGAGGGUCCCCGAGCGGCGCUACCGGAGCCCAGAGCGCGGGCCGAACCGUCGGCCGGAGUGCGCAGACCCGAGGCGAGGCCCACCCCCGGAGGAGGGCCCGCCGAAACCGUGGAGAGGAGCUGCCGCCCGGGCUGCUGAGAGGCCUGAAGAGGGACUCUGCCCCCGGGGAGCCGUCGCCGCCUCUGUGCAGCGGCCGCGCCGAGGAGCCUGAGCCGGGAGCGCGAGCGCCUUCCGCCGAGACCUGCUGCGCCCACAGGUGCUGUCUUAACGGACUGGGACGUGGACCUUUCCCUCUCCUUCUGGGACUGGGAGCAGGGAGGCUUGGUUCUUGAAACUCCUCAGGGUCGGACUUUUAUUUUUUACUGGGAGCUGUGCUGCCCUUUCAAGGUUUUUCAAUAGUUGGUGUUUGCAUUUCCAACCUCAGAGAAUUCCAGGCAGGCGCUCCCCUUCCCCCACCCGUGGCAUACUUGUGCAAGCGGUCAUCGUUGCGUCAUGGGGCAGACGUGGGAAGCUUCCUGUUGCCCUGCGUGGGUGUGGGGCCUGGGAGGAGGGUCUGGGGUGUGGACCGCCCUGGGGAAUGGGAGGAGGGCGUCCUGAGUCACCUCGCCCCGCUUGCUGCGGGUUUGUGCCCCGCGCCCCUGUGCCUUCGGCUGAAUAGCGGGGGGAAGGGUGGGGGGCUGAUCUAAUUUCAGGUUACAGUUUUUCUCACCUGGUGCGUUGGAGGUGGGAGAUGGUCACAGUCUCAAGCGUGACCAUCCCUCAGACACACAGACGCAACCCAGACGAUCCUGGUCUGAAUCACAAAAAUCGGUGGGGGUGUUUAGAGCGCUGUAAGGCUGAGCUGGGACCAGUUGCUGGUGGGACUGGGCCAGUGUGGGGAGGGGAAGAUUCUUGCCAGGGCGUUCUGAGGCCUGUUUACCUUUACUGUGGUGGAUUCUGUUUAACUUCAUCUAUCUGGCCUCUUGCUAGAAACGCCAGAUAAAAUAAAAGACCAUUUGA